AGCGGUAUGCGAAACGAAGAGGAAACCAACAUUUUUAGAGCUCCGUCACUGAUGCAACAAUUUGUUCCCGUCUUGGUUCUCUAGGAAUAACUGGAUACAUCGGUCUGGUUUAAGGCUAGGACGUGAAUUGAAGAGGUGAGAAGAAGAUGGGGUGUACUUUGAGCACGGACGACAAGGCGGCGCAGGAGCGGAGCAAGAUGAUCGACAGAAACCUGCGGGACGACGGAGAGAAAGCUGCCCGGGAGGUCAAGCUCCUGCUGCUGGGUGCUGGAGAGUCUGGGAAAAGCACGAUUGUGAAGCAAAUGAAAAUCAUCCACGAAGCUGGCUACUCAGAGGAGGAGUGUAAGCAGUACAAGGCUGUGGUCUUCAGCAACACCCUUCAGUCCAUGAUGGCCAUCAUCAGAGCUAUGGGACGCCUGAAGAUUGAAUUUGCCGAUUCAGCAAGAGCAGAUGACGCUCGACAGCUGUUCGCCCUUGCGAGUACAGCAGAAGAAGGUGUCAUGACACCUGAGCUGGCUGACGCAAUCAAGCGGCUCUGGAAGGAUGGAGGGAUUCAGGAAUGCUUCAGCCGCUCCCGGGAGUACCAGCUCAACGACUCUGCAGCAUACUACUUAAAUGAUCUGGAAAGAUUAUCUGCUCCUUCUUACGUCCCGACCCAGCAGGAUGUGCUGAGGACCAGAGUGAAAACCACGGGUAUUGUGGAAACACACUUUACCUUUAAGGACCUGCACUUCAAGAUGUUUGAUGUUGGUGGACAGAGGUCAGAGAGGAAGAAGUGGAUCCAUUGCUUCGAGGGAGUCACUGCCAUCAUUUUCUGCGUGGCGAUGAGCGACUACGACCUGAUGCUGGCUGAAGAUGAGGAGAUGAAUCGGAUGCAUGAGAGCAUGAAGCUGUUUGACUCCAUCUGCAACAACAAGUGGUUCACAGAGACCUCCAUCAUCCUGUUCCUCAACAAGAAAGACCUGUUUGAGGACAAGAUCUCCAAGAGUCCUCUGACAAUCUGCUUCCCAGACUAUGAGGGUCAAAACACUUAUGAGGAUGGUGCAACCUACAUCCAGCUCCGGUUUGAGGACCUUAACAAGAGGAGGGACGUAAAGGAGGUCUACACUCAUUUCACCUGCGCCACCGACACCAAGAACGUGCAGUUUGUGUUUGAUGCAGUCACAGAUGUCAUCAUCAAGACCAACCUGAAGGACUGCGGCCUUUUCUAAAGGCAGCCAGACGGUCAGCCUGCCAACCCGGACUCAGCGUGGUGGAUGGACCCUGAUCAGAAUGUCACUUUUAACCUUAUUAACUUAUGUUCAUCUCUAAGCGUUUGAAAGAUGGUGUGUAGAGAAAACCUUUUCUGUAAGAUAUUUGUACAACAGUCUAUGGCCAUGGAUUUUUAGAAGUUUUAAAAUAUGUUUUACUUAUUCUUAUUUUUUAUAUAAAGAAGGGGCGAUCUUUGCCAGUUCUGGGCCCAUAAAUGAACAUUUGUUUGUUGUUAUUGACUUGCUGCAUUAUAGUUACUGUGUGUAAUUUUAAAAAAAAUGUAAGUUAAUGUAGUUUUUUUUCUUCAUUUAACUCUAUUAAGUCAUCUGGAAUAUUACACUCUGGGCUUUUUAGCCUCUGUUUUAUUAUUUUUAUCACUCCCAUAUAAAAUAACUGCAGACCUGUUCACUCUGAUGCUGAAAAACUGUGAGAGCUGAUUGUGUGUCUGUUUUCUGUAAGUGAGUUGGAACUGAAGCCAGAUGUCUGUCUGAGUGACUGUGUGAGUGAAUGUGUGCACAACAAUAAACAAAGGGACUUUUAUUCCUCUACUUGUCAUCCUCUUUUAAAGUUGUAUUUUUCUAAGCUACCAAAAAAAAGCUACUCUCUCAUCAAUUAGUCCAUGUUGUCGGUAAGCUCCUGCUAAACAUUCCCGAUAAAUCAUGAUGGAAAGAGGAUGGCAAAGGUGGCCUUGUAGCAGAUUUAGGAUCAGACGUAGAUCUGUGUUCAGUGCUUAGAUAUAAAGACAGAAACCUGACUGGCUAGUUGAUUAGAGCAUUUGAUGGUUUCAAGCUUCAUAUCUUCCCCCUAUGAACUGCCCACUCCUUCAGAUCUGUUUCUCCAUUGUAUAUGGACAUUAGUGGACUAAUAUCCAUGAUUUUGCUAAUAAAAGAGUUGUUCUGGUGAAACCAGGACA